CGAACAGCCAAACCAGAACGCCUCUAGAGUCCUUUCAUUGCAUUUCGAUAGUAGCAGCUGUGUUCAAAAUGAAUCUGAUACUGACCGGGAUACUCGCAUUUGCUGCCUGGACGUCAGCUGUUGAACUUGAUACCGUCUACACGUGGAAGUACUUAGACUACGUCUGGCCAAACGAUUCCUGCAAAGAAGACGCGAUCAGCGCUGGACAGUAUAAUGCCAGCACUACCAUUCCAGCCGAUUUGCAACCCAUAGGCGACUACGUUUUUGUUUCGAUUCCAAGAAAGGCCAAUAAUCCUGCCAGUUUGGUUAAGGUUUCGAAUGAAACUGGCGAUGGCGGUCCAUUGCUCGAGCCCUACCCAAGUUGGGAUUGGCAUACGUCGGACGAUUGUAGUGGGAUCACCAGUGUUAGCAGGCUAGCUACGGACGAUUGCGACAGGCUGUGGAUCGUCGACUCUGGGAAAAUAGGGACCGAGCAGGUAUGUGAUGCGCAGAUAAUAGUGUUCGAUCCGGAGACGGACGAAGUAUUGCUACGUGAAGAGAUACCAUCUACUUUGGCGCAUCAUUCCACAAAUACGAGCAGAGGGCGGCUCGAGAUUCAAGCUGUCAAAACGGAGGGAGACUCGUGCGAAAACGUUACGGUUUUGAUCGGAGACCCAGAAGGAUAUGGUGUUGUUGUUUAUGAUGGUGACAACAUGUGGCGGGUGGAAAAUGACGUUAUAUUCUCACCGAACUUGACCCAAGCUACCGCCAGCCAGCUUCCGCAGGUUGAGACCGAUAAUUACGGAGUUUCGAAUAUUGACAUAAUGCCCCCUUCAUUUGUGGAGGAAAUAUACGUAACUUUGAACCCUUUGCUUUCCAACGACUAUUUUGCAGUCAGACUGUCUGAGCUGAUGGUCGAAGACGGUGAUUUAACAUGGUACAAAAGCAACUACACAUCUGGUACGAAUGUGGUAGUUAGCAGGGUUAUGACCAAAUCUGGCGUCUUGAUCGACGGUCAUGCUUACUGGCCGAAUUGUUCCUGCUGGAACAAUCGGUAUCCCACUUCAGUCCCAGAAGGGCAGAAUGUAACUUGGACCAAUAUUACUGGAAAUCCUUACGAGACAUACACCAUUGGCACCAAAAUCCGUGAAGGGCCUGACGGUGAGACCGACUUUUCCGACGAGGAAUACUGGCAACUUACCAGCCUACAAUCAAUAUUCAAUUUGAGGAGCGUGGACGUGGACGUUGUUAAUUUCGCAAUUUCCUACGGCAACGUGGGUUACCUUAUCGACGGAACGGUGUGCGAUCUAUUGGAUCCUCAAAGCUAUAAUCGUACCAUCGAGGAUACGUAUAUGUUCGAGUUCGACGGCUGAUACGCGUGGAUUUUCUUCGCCGUAGUUUAAUUUCCAAUGUGACACGUUUCAAUUGGCGAUCCAUUGACCAUCGCAGUCUUUGUUGUCAACUGUAUUGUAUAAUCUUAUUUCUCCCUAUUUCUACUUUCUUUUCAUCAAGAGCGUUGUGCUUCUGCUUGUUUGAAAUAAAUAUUGAAUAAAGUUACGCCUUCUGCAAA